GCCUCGCGCGCUUGCGCACUUAAGCCCGCGCAGGGAGCACCUCCUCUCCGCCCCCCAAACCCGGACCCUUCCUCAUCCUUCGGCUCUGGAGGAGCCCAGGACGUUGAUAUGCCGGAGAUCCGCCUCCGCCACGUCGUGUCCUGCAGCAGCCAGGACUCGACCCACUGUGCAGAAAACCUUCUCAAGGCAGACACUUACCGAAAAUGGCGGGCAGCCAAGGCAGGCGAGAAGACCAUCUCUGUGGUCCUACAGUUGGAGAAGGAAGAGCAGAUACACAGCGUGGAUAUUGGGAACGACGGCUCGGCCUUCGUGGAGGUGCUGGUGGGCAGCUCGGCCGGGGGCGCCGGGGAGCAAGACUAUGAGGUCCUUCUGGUCACCUCAUCUUUCAUGUCGCCUUCUGAGAGCCGCAGUGGCUCAAACCCCAACCGAGUUCGCAUGUUUGGGCCUGACAAGUUGGUCCGGGCAGCAGCUGAGAAGCGCUGGGACCGUGUCAAAAUUGUUUGCAGCCAGCCCUACAGCAAGGACUCCCCCUAUGGCCUGAGUUUUGUACGGUUCCACAGCCCCCCGGACAAAGAUGAGGCAGAGGCCCCAGCCCAGAAGGUGACAGUGACCAAGCUCGGCCAGUUCCGUGUGAAGGAGGAGGAUGAGAGCGCCAGCUCCCUGAGGCCAGGGGCGCUCUUCUUCAGCCGGAUCAACAAGACGUCCCCAGCCACAGCCAGUGAGCCAGCAGGGCCCAGCUAUGCAGCCGCUACGCUCCAGGCCUCUAGUGCCAUCUGCUCAACCUCGCCAGUCUCCAGGGCAGUAGGCGGCACCUCCAAGGUGAGAUCAUCACACUCUAGUGGGGGGAGGAGGAGAGAAGCUGGAGGCCUUAACCUAUCCCCACCCUCUCAGCCUCAGGCCUCUUUGGCUCCCCCAGUGCCGGUUCCCACCCAUACCACAGCCGCAGCCCCAGUCCCUGCCCCAGCACAGGGGGCAAUGCCAGGGAAACCUCGGGGAGAAGGCACCGAGCCCAGAGGACACCGAGCUGGCCCUCAGGAGCUGGGGAAGAUCCUUCAGGGUGUGGUGGUGGUGCUGAGUGGCUUCCAGAACCCCUUCCGCUCAGAGCUGCGGGACAAGGCCCUAGAGCUGGGGGCCAAGUAUCGGCCAGACUGGACCCCGGACAGCACGCACCUCAUCUGUGCCUUUGCCAACACCCCCAAGUACAGCCAGGUCCUAGGCCUCGGAGGCCGCAUCGUGCGUAAAGAGUGGGUGCUGGACUGUCACCGGAUGCGUCGGCGGCUGCCCUCCCGGAGGUACCUCAUGGCAGGGCCAGGCUCCAGCAGUGAGGACGAGGAGGGCUCUCACAGCGGCAGCAGCGGGGAUGAAGCCCCCAAGCUUCCCCGGAAGCGCCUCCAGGCCAAAACCAAGCCCCCACAGACAGCUGGACCCAGCUCACCCCAGAAGCCCCCAACCCCUGAAGAGAUCAAAGCAGCCUCACCCGGGCCCCAGGAAGAUACUGACAUUGAGGGGGAGCAGGCAGAAGGACAGGACAAUGGAGCAGAAGAUUCUGGGGACACUGAGGAUGAGCUGAGGAGGGUAGCCGAGCAGAGGGAACAAAGGCAGCCCCCUGGCCAGGGGGAGAACGGUGAGGACCCGUACGCAGGCUCCACGGAUGAGAACACGGACAAUGAGGAUGACCCGGCAUCUCCCGACCUGCCAGUUCCCGAGCUCCCAGACUUCUUCCAGGGCAAGCACUUCUUCCUGUACGGGGAGUUCCCUGGGGACGAGCGGCGGAAGCUCAUCCGAUAUGUCACAGCCUUCAAUGGGGAGCUCGAGGACUAUAUGAGCGACCGGGUCCAGUUUGUGAUCACAGCUCAGGAGUGGGAUCCCAGUUUUGAGGAGGCCCUGAUGGACAACCCCUCCCUGGCGUUCGUCCGUCCCCGAUGGAUCUACAGCUGCAACGAGAAGCAGAAGUUACUUCCCCACCAGCUCUACGGGGUGGUGCCCCAGGCCUGAAGUACGUGCU